AUGACCGAAGCCCUCAUAGGGGUAGUACGGCAAAUCGACGUCGGUACGUCGGGUUAUCUUGGGUUCUGCAAUGACACCAUCGUCGAUGUCGUCGAAUACUCGACCGUCAACGUCUCGAAUCUUUUAUGCAUCCCCUUACCACCCAGGUUACCAUACAUAUUGGGAAGACUAGAAACGAAACUCGACUUCGCAGCAGCUGGUAGACAGUGCGCCGCCAAAGACGACAGGUAUCGACACUGCUCGCGCCACCGCGCAACUCCGGGAGAUUACGUCGGGAGCGUCCGAAAGAUCGACGACAUCCCACCACCACUUACAAUGAUACCGAGAAAGUACCCACCAAUCCUUCCGUCGGCUCCUCUGCCGGAAGAGGAAGAACCGUUAAAUCCCGGUCCCGGCCCCAGCACGCGACGGCAGAGACCUGGUGCCUGCACUACGUGUAGACGUCGCAAGAUUAAGGCGAGUUGCGAUGGCGUACGACCGAAGUGCACCAACUGCGUAAAACGGGGCGUGACAUUUUGCGUCUACAUCGAUAAAGUUAAGGCCGGACCCGAGGUGAUGGAGGUGCUCGAGCUUCUGAAAUCGUUGCCCGUGGGCGAAGCGUUCGGGCUCUUCAAUUCGCUUAGGGAAAAGGGGGAUCCGGCAACCGUCUUGUCGGUGCUGAGGGAGGGCGACGCGGAGGGGCAACCUACGUUCCUAGAUGCGGAAGCCCGAGGAUUCGCUCCUCCUCGAAACAUGCUCGAAUUGGAGCUGAUGGCCAAUAAUUCGAAGUCGUUUCUUCCCUUGCGCCGUAUCGACGCGCAGGUCUUGGCCGAGAGCGAUCUCUUGCGCCCCAUGAGACGAUCUGUAGAAGCUAACCCGAUGAACCCUCCGUUUCCCGUCGGCGCCGGUUUAGAAGGCAGACGUUUUCCUCCUCCCGCCGAUUUCUGGACCGAUGUGAUGGUCACCAACGAGUUUACGGCGCAAGUCAUCUCUCUCUAUAUAAAAACUGACCACCCGAUCUUAGGCCUUUUCAGUCCCCACCUCUUCAUCACGGACCUAGUUAAUCGGCAGACCAGGUUCUGCUCCAGGUUUCUAUUUCACGCGUUGAUGUAUCUAGGCUGCCAGAUGUAUAGCGCCUUCGACAAGGAUGCGAUGCAAUUCGCCGACGAGUUCCUCCAGGAAGCUCAAAAGGCGCGGAGAGAAGAACCGGACUCGUAUUCGUCCAUGGCGGCGGCCGUGCUGCUCAGCAUAUCUCUCAUAGGAAACAGUAAGGACCACGCGAUUCUCUUCUACGCGAAGGAAGCGAUGCAGAUGGGUAAGAAUUUGGGACUCUUCGCCGACGACGAGGGGGGACCGGCGAUGCUAAACGAGAAUACGUCGGAAGAGGAGAUGACGGCGCGCUGCUACGCGGCGUGGGGAACGUUUAAUUGGAACGUACUCGUAUCGCUAUUUUAUCGACAGCCGGGCGCCGAGAGCCCGAGCUCGGCUCCGGCGCUACCCAUCCCGGGCGAGAGGACUCCUGCAGGCCAAGAGGGUGAUAUGGACCGGGGUCCUCCGGCCGACGAGAGCCUGAUAGAGACGAUUUUCCCCAAGCUCUGUCGUUUCUGGCUCAUAAUCCACGGAGCUGCGUGGAUAUAUACCCCGACCCAAGGCCGUCCGCCGGACGUCUUUAGGAUGGCUCUCGUCGAGCAUAAGUUUCGCGAGCUGAUCGCUUGGGCGGAAGCCCUGCCGUUGCCCUUACUUCGAACGGAGGAGCAGACCCAUCAUGUUAUCCUACUCCACAUAUGGCUUCACUGCGCUAUCCUCGACGUAUUCCGACCCUUCGUCGGGAAACCGGAAGGUCAACGGCCGCGCUUGACGACGUUCUCGGCGCGAGAUAGCUCUCCGGAUGCGGUCUACUCCGCGUCGGUUGCUCAGCUUAAGAAUCUUAUCGUCGAGUAUCGCAGCAACUUCGUAGAAUCUACCUGCUCGAUCCUCUGGCAUACCGGACUCCUCUACCUAGCGAACGCCAUGCUGAGAGAUAUAAGCGACCCGGAUCGGCGCCUUUACCUAAUGCUCUGCCUGUACGGCUACGAAAGCCUCAGCCGCCCGUUCCGCAUCUCCGAGGUCAUCGUCCAAGGCUUGUUGUCCAUGACGCUGAAGGAGACGGACAUGACGGGAAGCGAGGCGCAAAGAAUAGUCGACGAGCUCAAAGAGGGAAGGCUAGAUGGUUUGACGCAAGAUUUUGAGCACAAAACCCGUGCUACGUUUAUGGUUGAUUUGGAUCUGGCACUGAAACACCCUGACCAGGCGAGGGCGGAGAAUUUGGCGGCCGAAUUUGAAAAUCUAGCCCUGUUCCGCGAUUUCCUUGACCAGGAGAAGAUGGAGAUUUAGGAUUGAUAUACAAAAGGUGUUUAGGAUUUGAGACUUGAAGUACAUGAUAAGAUAUUGUCAGAUUGACCACAC